UCCUGGUGGCAGACGGCAGUCGAGGAGGAGCGCUCUCGGUCUACGGUUCCAGGAGUGUUGACAUUUCUUUGGUUAUUUUAGAUCCCUAAAUGUCUUUUUAUUACCGUAUAUCUAAAUGAUUUCUAACUUGGUGCGAUGACGAAAGAUAUACUAGUUGGAGAUGAACUGCCCGACUGGGUAGGGGCCAAGGAAUUCUACCAGAAGUAUGAUCCUAAGGAGGUGAUCGGCAGGGGUGUGAGCAGCGUGGUGCGCCGGUGUGUGCACAGACACACGGGACAGGAGCUGGCGGUGAAGAUCAUUGAGAUCACAGCCGAGAAGAUGACAGCGGAGCAGCUGGAGGAGGUGAAGAGCGCCACGUUAAAGGAGAUACAAGUUCUUAACAUGGUGAAGGGACAUUCCUCCAUCAUUACCCUCAUCGAUUCCUACGAAUCCACCACCUUCAUCUUUCUGGUGUUUGACCUCAUGCGGAGAGGAGAACUCUUUGACUACCUCACAGAGAAGGUGACUCUGAGUGAGAAGGAGACCAGGAGCCUGAUGCGGGCUCUGCUGGAGGCCGUCCAGUACCUCCACUCCCGGAACAUCGUCCAUCGCGACCUGAAGCCCGAGAACAUCCUGCUGGACGACCAGGGACUCCUCAAGCUCUCCGACUUCGGCUUCUCCGUGCAGCUGCCGCCCGGGCAGAAGCUGAGAGAACUCUGUGGAACCCCGGGCUACCUGGCUCCAGAGAUCCUGAAAUGCUCCAUGGAUGAAACGCACCCCGGUUAUGGGCAGGAGGUGGACCUCUGGGCGUGUGGUGUGAUCCUGUACACGCUGCUGGCCGGCUCGCCGCCCUUCUGGCACCGGAAGCAGAUGCUGAUGCUGCGGAUGAUCAUGGAGGGGCGCUACCAGUUCAGCUCCCCGGACUGGGACGACCGCUCGGACACGGUCCGGGACCUGGUGGCCCGCCUGCUGCUGGUGGAGCCGGCGGGCCGCCUGACCGCCCAGCAGGCCCUGGCCCACCCCUUCUUCAGGCAGUACCAGAGGGAGGACGCCCGCGUCUUCAGCCCCAGGAAGAGCUUCAGGGUUCUGAUCCUGAGCGUGCUGGCCUGCAUCCGGAUGUACGGCCGCUACCGCCGGCUGCGCCCCCUGACGCGGGAGGUGCUGGCCCGGGACCCCUACUCCGUCAGGGGCAUCCGCCGGCUCAUCGACGGCUGCGCCUUCCGGAUCUACGGCCACUGGGUGAAGAAGGGCGAGCAGCAGAACCGGGCCGCUCUCUUCCAGAACACCGCCAAGAUCAUGCUGCUGGGUCUGGAGGAGCUGGAGCCUUAAGGAACAGCGAGGUUCCCUCAAGGUUCCCUGUGGUUCUGUGUGUUCCUAUGAAUACACUUAUCAAGGUUCUGUGUGUUCCUCUGAACACCCUGAUCAAGGUUCUGUGUGUUCCUCUGAACACACUGAUCAAGGUUCCCUGUGGUUCUGUGUUCCUCUGAAUACACUGAUCAAGGUUCCCUGUGGUUCUGUGUGUUCCUCUGAACACACUGAUCAAGGUUCCCUGUGGUUCUGUGUUCCUCUGAAUACACUGAUCAAGGUUCCCUGUGGUUCUGUGUGUUCCUCUGAACACACUGAUCAAGGUUCUGUGUGUUCCUCUGAACACACUGAUCAAGGUUCCCUGUGGUUCUGUGUUCCUCUGAAUACACUGAUCAAGGUUCCCUGUGGUUCUUUGUGUUCCUCUGAACACACUGAUCAAGGUUCCCUGUGGUUCUGCAUGUUCCUCUAAAUACACUGAAGAUGAUUUACAGACAAGGUUCUGUUGGCUGUAACUUCUGUUACAGCCAACAGGUCAAGAGUAUGUCCUCGUAUUCCAUUGUUCUCUUUAUCUAUCAGGUCGUGAAACGUGAGUACCAGUACCUACUUUACUUCCAGGUACUGCAGUACCUACUUCCAAAUAAUGCAGUACCUACUUUCAGAUACUGCAGUACCUACUUCCAGAUACUGCAGUACCUACUUCUCAAUACUGCAGUACCAACUUCAGAUACUGCAGUAGCAACUUCCAGGUACUGCAGUACCAACUUCCAGUUACUGCAGUAAUAUAAUGAUAAUACUGCAGUACCAACUCAAGGAUACUGCAGUACCAACUUAAGGAUACUGCAGUACCAGGUUCAGUACUGCAGUAAUGUAAAGAUAAUGCUGCAGUACUGACACCUGCUGGUGCUUUCAUCUCCAACUGCCUUGUCCUCAUUCAGUCUCUAAAUCCAUCUGCUUAACCCUCACCCCUAACCCCUAACCCUCACCCCUAACCCUCACCCUCACCCCUAACCCCUAACCCUCACCCUCACCCCUAACCCUCACCCUCACCCCUAACCCUCACCCUCACCCUCACCUUCUAACUCUAACCCUCACCCUCACCCCUAACCCUCACCUUCUAACUCUAACCCUCACCCUCACCCCUAACCCUCACCUUCUAACUCUAACCCUCACCUUCUAACUCUAACCCCUAACCCUAACAUGAAUACACUGUGAUUGGUGAUGCUAUUAAUGUGUAAAUACAUAUUGCUAAAUAUAUAUUUAAUGACCAUUGAAUUAUGUGAUGCAUUGGAAUGCUUUUAUUCAUUUCUAUUUUCCUUGUUCCAUUUUAUUUGACGUAAUGGUUACCAUGGUAACUGUGUCCUGCUAUGACACAGUCCAGCGCUGUGUGAAAAUAAACAUAUUAUAUAUUAUA